AUGGCAGCCGCUGUCGUGUCAGGCAAAGAUAUUGAGAAGCCCCAGGCGGAGAUCUCUCCUGUCCAUCGCAUCAGGAUCACUUUGACAUCUCGUAAUGUCCGCUCCUUAGAGAAGGUCUGUUCAGACCUCAUCAAUGGAGCCAAGAAACAGAAGUUGCGUGUUAAGGGCCCAGUCCGCAUGCCAACCAAAGUUCUCCGUAUCACCACCCGUAAGACACCUUGUGGUGAGGGUUCCAAGACCUGGGACAGAUUCCAGAUGAGAAUUCACAAGAGAGUGAUCGACCUGCACUCACCUUCGGAGAUUGUCAAGCAAAUCACAUCAAUCAACAUCGAGCCAGGUGUAGAAGUUGAAGUUACCAUUGCUGACGCGUAG